AUGCCGUUCUGCGAAAAGCCUCCCAAGAUGUCUUCCACGAGUCCGAGAGCCUCGAUAUCGUCUGUGGAUUUGACCUUGACAGGACCAGCAAAAUUGGAAGAAGUCACUAAGCUUAUGGGAAAGCUUUCAGCAGAUCUAGAGAAAAUCGCACUCCUACCACACCAACGAGAUGCAUUACUGGAACAGCUCAAGGUCUUUGGUCGUGACCCCGCCAAUGCAGACCCCAUCUUCACCAAAGAGGGAAUAGAGACCUUAACUCGACAUGCAUUCAACAGCCCCUCGUUAACAACCUCAAGAAAUGCUCUACGAUGUCUAGCAAAUGCCCUCCUCCUCAAAGCCGAGACGAGACAGAUAUUUGUGGAUUUGGGAUACGAGCAGAAAGCAUGCAACAAGCUGAAGAAUGAUAGCAGGGAUGACGAGUUUCUGGUCUCGCGGAUCAUUUUCCUCACAACCUACAAUUCGAAUGUCAAUCUUGAGAAACUGGUGGACCAAUAUCAUUUGGCGGAAUACAUAUGUCAGAAUGUCAGUAGGCAUUCGAAACAAUACGUCACGAAGCAGAAGAAAGUCAAGGAACUGGAUCCGAUGGAGGAUAUGGCAUUGAUUGAGACAACGAAGUUGAUGUUCAAUAUCACACACCAUUGUCCACAACGGAUUGGGGCAUUCUCUCCAGCAGUUCAACCCAUGUUGAUUCUUCUCACAAGACGGGCAAUAUCGAGUAGCAAACCUCUGGAACCGCCAAUCGGGUCUUUGGUAAAUGCUUUGAUGAAUUUGGAAUUAGAGGACAAGGAUAAUGUGGCUGCAUUAUUCCCGAAAUCAUCACCGAAUGUCAUUGUGGACCGACUUGUUGAAAUUCUUGAGAAGAGCGUCAAGGUGUACAAGGACGAAGAGCUGGAACAAAAUGUCUCACCACUCCUCCAGCUAAUACGGAAAGUCUACGAUCUCGCACCAAAAGACGUCCAAGCCCAUCUCCAACGAAUCCUCCUCCCCUCCGAAGAAGACCGCAAGCAAAUCCUAGGCCGAGCAGAGACCCUAUCCUCCCGCCUCCUCCGCCUAACAAAUAACCCCACAACCCCCCAAGUCCGAGAAUCCAUCUCCUCACUCCUCUUCGAACUCUCCGCCAAAGACGCCAAGAUCUUCGUCCAAAACGUCGGCUACGGAUUCGCCUCCGGGUUCCUCUUCCAGCACAAUGUCCCCAUCCCCGAGAACGCUCUCGAGGCGUGGAGCACGAGCAGCGAGAGUAGCAAUACGCGGGCGAGUCAGGAUAGUAGGGAUGUGUCCGGGAGAGUCAAUCCUAUUACGGGGCAGCUGCUGGAUAUGGAGGAGAAGGUUGAGGCGGAGGAGAUGACGCAGGAGGAGAAGGAGAGGGAGGCGGAGAAGCUGUUUGUAAUUUUUGAGAGACUUAAGAAAACUGGUGUCAUGAGCGUACAGAACCCGGUGGAAAAAGCCUUUCAGGAAGGGAGGUUUGAGGAGUUACCUGAUGAUGACGAUGAUGAUGAUAAGUAG